GUCCUGCAGCAAGCUAAGACAUUCCUAAGAUCCCCCUACCUCAUCCAUCAUCUGACGACUUCUUUACUGUGACAUUUGGCAACAUGAACGAGGUCAUUCCGAAGAUUCCAAAUUUGGACCUUGCCCAUUAUCACUUCAUUCUCGGCGCUGGGCCGACAGAGCUCCAAGCAGAGGCCAAGAAUAAGCUAUUUGAAGCUAUCAAGGCUGAUAACAUGGCGCCAUACUACAAGCUGUUUUGCGAGGAGUUUGGGUUCCCCAUAGACAACGGUUUACUCUCCCAAAUGCAGACAGCCAAUGAAGAGGAAUUGAAGCGAUUGGACGAAAAGUUGGAGGAUGCGGAGAAAAACUUGGGCGAGACAGAUAUCAGCGAUGCGUUGAUUGCAAAAGCUCAGUAUCUGGCCAAAAUUGGUGAUAAGGAAAAAGCACUUUCCGCUUAUCGAGUUGCAUUUGAAAAGACUGGUCCGUUAGGGCACCGGAUUGACUUGGUGUUUGCCAAAAUUCGCAUUGGCUUCUUCUUCCGCGACAAUGAGCUCAUCAGCAGAAACAUUGAAAAAGCAAAGACUUUGAUCGAAGAAGGGGGAGACUGGGACCGUCGGAACCGGCUGAAGGUGUACGAAGGCAUUUAUCGUAUCUCAAUUCGUGACUUCAAAGGAGCCGUCAAUCUGUUCUUGGAUACCUUGGCAACAUUCACCUCAACCGAGCUUAUGGAAUACAAGGACUUUGUCAAGUACACAGUGUUGACUGCCGCCCUAACGCUCAAUCGACCAGACUUCAAAGCCAAGGUGAUCAACGCUCCUGAAAUUCUGGAAGUGCUACACGAAAUCCCGAAUCUGUCAGAUUUUGCCAACUCUUUAUAUAACUGUCAUUACUCGCAGUUCUUCCAGUCUCUUGCCGCUAUUGAGCAAACCAUCAAAGUAGACCGGUUGUUGAAUGCGCACUACCGAUAUUAUGUACGAGAAAUGCGGAUUGCGGUGUAUGCUCAACUUUUGGAAUCUUACCGAAGUUUGAGUAUCGAGUCAAUGGCGAAUUCGUUUGGUGUGACCGAGGAGUGGAUUGAUAGCGACUUGUCAAAGUACAUUGCUGCUGGUCGAUUAAAUGCAGUGAUUGACAAGGUUGGAGGGAUUGUGGAAACUAAUCGGCCUGAUGCGAAAAACGCGCAAUAUCAGUCGACCAUCAAGCAGGGCGACUUGUUGUUGAAUCGCAUACAGAAACUGUCGCGUGUCAUUAAUGUAUAAAAUAAUAUUUGUGUGGUUGAAACCUAUGGGUGCUAUCCCGG